GCUUGGGUUGGUUAACUUGCUAAACAUCGCAAGGAAGAACUCGAACCUUCCAUUCUCAUCCAAAAUAACAAUUGGUUGCCAACUCUUUUGCAGAGAAAAUCCCAAUAUUGAAUAAGCCAGCAUCGUCACUUUCCCACUUUGAACCAGUCCCGAGUGAUAGCAACAGCGAUUGUCAAAUCUAUCUUCAAAUGAUCACGUUACCACGUUGUCACAUUAUCAUCACAUCGUCUGCGACUGCCUCAUAUAAGGACAGCAACAACAUUACUCGAGCUGGCACCGGCACUUGUUGCCAUUUUUAAGAAGUUCCGACAAAUACGUUCUUUCCAUUUUCACCUCCUUCCGGUCCUUCAGUUGCUCUUAGCUUCAUGGUCCCCUUCUUAACCAACUUCUCAUCUCAUCCUCUCGUCCUCUUCCUCUUCCUUUUGUUCUUCUCUUUCCACACCAAAUCACAUUAAAACCAAUUCUUCAUCACAAUCUCUACCUCACAACAACCACCUGGCUCGAUAGCUUUCUAUCAUUCUAGAAAACUCUACUCGCUACUAAAUUCAUUUUCUUCCUGUUUCUUGAAAGUAGCUUAUUCAAGUUUACUUCUACUCGUCCUAUCAUACAUCUGGAAAACGCCAUCAGAAAGGCAGUAGUCUCCGUCCAAUCGUCUUUUGAAAAAGCUGGAUUGCUUGAGAACGCCAUUGUUUGAGCAAAAAGCGUUGUUCUUGUCAAGAACUGCAAAGAUACCAUGUCUUACCCUCAAACUGCUACACACGCCGAAGCAGCAAAUACAUUCCCAAACCGCACCACAGCAACCAUGUACACUCAGCAACAAGCUCGCACAACUCGAGAUUCUCAAGGUCAGCAAGCCACAUAUGCCCAGGCCAGCACUGGCAUUACCCAAGCUGGGGACGGUGCCAUGAACGCAAUGAUGAAUCAGUUUGCUGGUUUAGCUAUUCCUGGCAGCAUGCCUAAUUCUACGGGUCCAAUGGCUACUAACCAACAUCAUUUGGGGACAGGCCAAGUCUACUUUCAAGUUACCCCUGAUGGCCUUGUGUAUGCACCAAGUAUGUUCCAGCCACAAUCGUUAGCCCCUCAGCAGUUAUCUGAGAAUGCAUACAACAUGAACUCCUUCCCUGGAGCAUUACCCUAUCUUGCACAGGCAUCUUCGGUCUACCCUGGCUAUGUUCCAGGAUACCAACAAAACAUUCCCUACACCCCAAACGCCCGAUCUGCCUACUAUGCUGACAGAUCUGAUCAUUCCCACUCCACCAAGGAUGUUCCUGGCCUCGAAAAUCGUCGCGGCUCUUACUCCACUACCGAGUCUCUUCCUGGAACACCAUACUAUGCCUCAUUCGCCAAUCGUGAAUCUGGUGCUCAUAUUGCUGCGAUUGACCGAUCUCCAUUCGGCUCUACCCCAUCUCCUCAGCAGCUUCCAGUCCCUCAUGCUCAAUCACUCGUCAAGGCACUUCCUUACCCAACACUUCCAAUCGGUGUUGAUAUCCAAGCCCUUUUGAAGCAGUUUCCACCAAUUCCAAAGGCAGUUCCAGCGGUUUUUACCCCAACUGAGAACAUGAGAACUUUGGAUCAGAGUUUGCACAACCCCAUUAAGAACAACCGCAAUGUCUACAUUCGUGGACUUCACCCAAAUACGGAUGACGAGACACUUGCACAAUAUGCUGCCCGCUUCGGUAAAGUCGAGACCUCCAAGGCAAUUAUUGAUACAGCCACUGGUGCUUGCAAGGGAUUUGGUUUCGCUAAGUAUUUUGACGUCCGUGAUUCGGAGAUGUGCAUCCGUGGUUUCUGGGAACUUGGUUACGAAGUCGGUUUUGCUAGAGAAUCCUUCAAUGCUCGUCUUAAGGCAGAGGGCGAUGAGGCAUCCACCAAUCUUUAUGUUUCCAAUUUGCCAAAGACUAUGACCGAAUCCGAACUUGGUGCUAUCUUCAUGGACUACAAGGUCAGCAGUAGCCGCAUUCUUCGUGAUUCCCAAAACCACAGCCGAGGCGUUGGAUUUGCUCGUUUCGAAAACCGUGAUGUCUGCGAGGAGAUCAUCAGAAAGUUCCACGGCCAGCCCAUCGGCGAAGAAGGUCUCUUACUUCAAGUUCGUUAUGCCGACACUCCAGCACAAAAGGAUUUGAAGCGAAUCACCACUGAACGUCGUCAAUUUCGAACCAAUGAGUACAACGUUGGAGCUUAUGGUGCCCCAGCUGCCGACAUGAUUGCAUUGGCUUCUCCCCCAAUGCCAUCCCCAAUUCUUCCCCGAGCUUCUCAGAUUGCUCGUCACCUUCCUGGCUCCAGAUCCAGUGGAUCCUGGAAGAGAGAUGGUAUUCCAAGCCCUGUUGGACGUGUCUCAGGUUUCAAGGACUUGGACCGAUCGGUUGUCAAAGUUUCCUUGACCGAAGCCUCUCCCAAGAAGCCUUUGACCCAUACCGUUCUCCCAAGCGUCACUCCAACCGUUUCCGAGAGUGGCUCAGCUGACGAUGGAGUCACGAUUCACGAUUCCCCAGUUGUCGUACACAGUUCAUCCAUUGCACAUAGUGCUUCCAUCACCUCUCCAUCCGCUCGCAAGUAGAGAGAUCAAGAUGGUUUUGUAUCAUCAUACCUUCAUGUCAACAUUUACUCAAUUUUGUGGCCCAAAUUUCAUUAUUGCACCAACACUUGCUUCGCCACGACGAAGCAUACCCCGCUUUCAACGAUACCUAUUAUGAUGAAUCAAUAUCUUCCAGCAUACAUGCUUAUUCACCAAGCAUACAUACAUAAUCCUGGUCGAAGUAUUAUCUAUGUUACAUUACAUACUCGCUUCUAGUUCAAUAUUUUUCGAGGCUGGCGAUCUGUACAUCCACGAGGGUGUGACAUAUUGAUGAUAGUGGUGCGAAACAUUACUUUUAUGUCAGAGUGUGAGGAUAUCAGGCAGAUUACUCUUUUCUUUGUAAUUUCUUUCGUUUUCAUUGCUCUUGUUGCAACAGUACUAGGUAGAUGAGACUUUUCUGUAGCAUAAUCAAGCUAAAUUUGCAUCAACUUCCCAUUAUAUCUAUGAUCA